GAGAUACCUGUAAAAGAACGUUUUUCACAUUUCAGUGGAAGGAUAAGCCAUUACAGUAGGCACAUGAUCGACGACGAGAAACUAUUUCCAGCAUGAUGUGCUGCAGAAAUUGUGCAAAGACAGCAGUAGUUCUUACAGUGUUGGCUCCUCUUCUUACUCUUGUUGUUUUGGGAGUGAGCCAUGACAAAAUUGGCCUAAGCCAGAACAUCAGGCAGGAGGAAGGAAAACCAAUUCAGCCGAUUGCAAUUAACAAUGUUAAAAAACAGAGCAAUCUGAUAACAGAUAGUCAUGGAAGUCUGUUGUUUGAUCCCCCUCUUCUUGACUUUGGAGACUGUGCGGUCAGUGUUGUGUGGAGGCAAAAAGUUAAUAUAAAAAACAACAGGAUUCACGAAAAACCCAUCAACAUUCUUUCAAUCUCCGGCUCAUCACUCCACUUCCACUGCUCAUUUGUGGAAGAUAAGAUACUAGAAUCAUCAGCAAAUACUUCAUUUGAAGUAGUAUUUCUAAGUCGAGAAGAGGGAUAUGUGGAAGAUACCUUGUACAUUCACACCAACAGGGGUUCAUUCCCUUACAGGAUACAAGCCCGUGGUCUGCCGAAUCCUUUCCUCGCAAAGCCAUUUGUGAACGUGCGAAUUCCUGUUAAUACAACUUUUUCUCCGCUAAUUCAUCUCUACAACCCGUUUGCCUCCGCACUACAGGUGCUAGAAAUGUUUGGCAGUAGCUGCGACAUCCACUUGGAAAUGCCUAUGGGAGGAGAGCGCGAAAACGAAUCACUCGAUUGGUGGCUAAUCCCACCGCAUCAAAGCAAAGCCAUCGCCAAAGUCAACUUUCUGGCCAUGAGAGCGCUUAAUGUCACUGCUUUCGUAAGGAUACGAACCAACUAUACAGCUCAUCCUCACGGCUCUCUGAUGUUACCAAUCAGCCUUGAAGUGACUAGUCAGCCGUUGCUUUUUUGCCCACAGCAGUACCUUGACUUUGGAGUAGUCGACGCCAACGAUCCUCCCAAAACGCUUAAACUUUUUGUGAUAAAUUCUGGCAAUCGACCAAUCACCGUUCAGACUGUGACGGCGAUGCCGCUAAGCGAAGGAUUGUCGAUCGAAUUCAGUCCGGUCAAGGUGCCUCCGUCUCUGACAACACCAACACUGGUCGCCCUAGUUACAUUUCAUCCUUCUAGCGCAAGUCAGCUGAAAACGACUAGCGGCCGCAUUGUGAUCCAGUCCAAGAGCGGCCAGUUUAAAGCCACUGUUGGCUAUCAGAUUACUGUUGCGGCCAGCUACUUAAGGCAUAAUCGUUCGUCGACUCAGUUCUUGGCCAGCCAACACUUGCAACUGCCGUCGUGCCAGACACUUAGUGUCGAUAAUGAAUUCGCGCUGCCUGUAGCGGUUCUCAGUGCUUCGCUGUCUGUACAAGAGUACAUCGAAGCUCGAAACUUUAGCCAGACAGUCUUGAGGACACGGGAGCAAGGAUCGCUGUUACAACUAUGUUUGAUGAAAAUGCCUCCUCUUCUUGGGACGCCAUUUGUGGCUAACCUUCAUUUAAAAACAAACGCCUCUGCUGGUCUGGACAUCCCUGUGAGCGUCUUUUCUGGCAAAGUCGUCCCCAUCUGGAGAAGUGAACAAGAAGAAGAUGAUCUUGAAUCAAGAGGAAAUAAUGCAACGAAUCGUUUCAUUGGUUGGCUCACGGAAGGAUCCAGUAAAGAAAUUCAUCUGGCUCUAUGGAAUCCCAACCCAGUGGGUGUCUCUCUUCAGGGGUGGGGUACGAACUGCAGUAAUGCGGUCCUAACGUACCUGGGGAGCGAAAGCGGAACGCCAUCUCAUUUCAAGAAUCGCUUUCAUUACAGCAAUUUGACAAUGGCCACAACUGUUCGACCGGGAAACUUUGCGGUUUUUCAAUUGCAGAUCCUUAUGCAAUUGGAUGAGACGCGAGAGGAAGACUUUUCUUCGGCAUUGAUUGUCCACGUGCGCACCGUUCUGGAAACAGUAGCAAUUACACUUCGUUACCGAACAGUUUCGGGACGCAUUAGAACAAUUCCUGAUCCCCUCCCAUGGAAAGCCAAUUUUUUAGAUCCGUACCUGACUAGUGAGGUCCGCCUCAAUUCGACACUUAAUGAAUCCGUGACGGUGGUGGGUUUCCAAGCUCCAGCACCAUUUCAGCACAAACUGAGUUUUAAUCUUUACAACGGCAAUGCGUCUUCCAUUAUUCACGCCAUGCAGUCGGCUGGUGUCGCCCGACUUGCGUAUCCGCUGGAUUGGCAUUGCGCUGUCUCCCCUCUCAACAAACUCGUCAGUGAGUGGCAGUUGGGUCAGCAGCGCUGGUGGAACGCAUUGGGCGACCUUGAUCUGACCACAGCGCUCUAUCGCUGCUACGAAUCCCUCAGUCAAUCUAUCUGGAAUCAGGUAGCAUCAGUGAAACUCGUCACCAAAGAGAUCGGCUUCACCGAAAUGCCGUUGCGUGUCGACGUGAAUUGGCCGCGGUUAGCUACAAAGCGUCGGCUUCAUUUUCCGUUGACCGAAAUGGGACGUAGCAGUCGAAUGGACUUGAAAUUGGCCAACCCCACAGCGAGCGUCGUGCUAGCGCAGAUCUUGUGGCUCGAAGACGCUCAAGUGGAGAUGAAAGAUUUGGUGUCCAAAUUGCCAGCCCAUUUAACUGAAGGCAUUGAAUUGCCUUCUCUGGGUGGCCUCAAAAAGAAUAAACAAUUGCAACAAAAUCUGAAACGCUCGGCGUUUGUGCUGGCAGAGGCGGAGGGAGAAGAGCAGCAAGAAUCGCAGGAUAGCGUCAUGGUCUAUUUGACGCCGGGCUCCCAGGCGCAAUUGAGCGUGACGUUCAGUCCCACCACAGACCUCAAGUACCGAUCAUUGCUCGUCAUCAAGAACAACGUGACGGGAUUGGAACUGGUGAGUCUGUCGGGACAAGGACAGUCGGCUAAGUUUUUAUUGGCUAACCGCAAACCGGGUUCUUCCCAACCGCUCCUGUUCGACAUUGGAGAACAACACCUGAAAAACUGCGAGGCUGGUCCCAACGGCGGUGGUUCGUGGCAAAGUCGUUUCCAGUAUUUGUUGCCCAGUGUGACAGUCAAGCGAACGUUUACUGCCCGAAAUCGUGGCCCUUUCCCCAUUACCAUUACGGGUUUCGACAUCAAUCAGUCGCCGUGUGAAGGCUACGGAUUUCGGGUUCUCCAGUGUCAACCCAUGACGCUCUUGCCGAACCAAAGUUUUUCGAUGGAGGUGGCUUUCACGCCCGACUUCACGCAGACCCGCGUCGUUCGAACACUCAGGCUUCACUCCACCGUAGGUGGUCAGGACACUCCGCUCAACUACACGCUGAUGGCAACAUUGCCGACUCACAUGCUUGUCCUGUGUGCAGCCGUCCUGCCCCGUCCCAACUGGGAACAAUUCUUCUACUAUGGAUCGGUUGCUGUGUCCGUCUUUCUUUUGCUCUGCGUCAUCACAGCGGCCACUUUAGAAGCUGAUCGCAUCCUGCGCUCCAGUGUCGUGUCUAUGGUGACGGUUGUUGCCGCGCAUGCUGCCUCUCGGGAGGCAAGCGAUUUAGAGUAUUCGCCAUCUACCGCUGGCCAUUUGCUUGAUCUCAGGGCUGUCGGGAAAGAGGCUUCAACACAAUUGUCCUCUCCACCGGUGCCUGCUCCACCGUCUGUCAUCCCUUCUCCAGUAGAGGUUGGCACCAAAAGUACAAGUGGGCGUGGUAAGAAGAACAAGUCUAAGAAUAAAUCACGAUCGGCGUUGCAGUCGGUCGCUCCAUUGACGACUGUGAAAUCCCCUCCUCUUGCCCCAUGGACUUCACCCGCUCCGAAACGUUCAGCUACACCGUCCCCGACUAUAAGCAAUUCCUCGCAGCGGAGCCAAACGCCCCCACCGUCUGCAAACGUGCCUCCCCCGCCACCUACACUGCCAGCGCCGACUUUCAAAGUCGUCACUACCAAGGAGGAGACACGUUUGUUCAAACCCAAACCAAAUAAUAAGAAGACCAAAUCCAAGUCGGCCGCUUCCGUUCACGAGGAAACGAAACAGCAUGUCGCGACUGCUAGAGCAGUUGCGAAUGCUGCUCCGCCCGUUACUUCACCCUCCGUUGCCCCUGCAGCUCCUUCCAUCCUAGCUGUUGCGUCACAACAAGUUUCGAAUGCCCAGGAAAUAAAAACAGCCGCCGAUGAAUUGAGUGAAAAACGCGGACGCAGUUCUUCGGUUCCUUCAAACAACCGCAACAAAACCGUCACGCCGAAUGUUCAGAAAUCGAAAAAUCCUCCAGCGCCUCCACCGUCGUCCAAGAGUUCUAAUAGACCGCCAAUGGCUGCCGUGGCAACAUCAACCAACGUUGCCAAUGUAGAGGCUCCCAAGAAAGUGACUGAAACGGCGGCAGCAUCAGUUAUCACCGGCACAGCAACAACAACCCCUGUGGCGUCUGUUUGGCAACCACGAACGCACAAUAAACCUUUAGUUAAAACCCCUGUCACACCUUUACUACAGCAGACAACCAACCGUCCCCAACCACCUGUAGGAAAAAUCAUACCUGAAGUCCGACGCGUUCCAGAAGAGCAUACGGUGCUACCCAAACCGAUUGGAUAUCGACUUCCGAGAGAAAAAGGCUCCCCACCACCAUCUUCAUCAUCAUCGAACACGGACAGUCAACCGUGGUACAAUCUAUCGUCGUCCACCAGCCAAGCAUCGGCUCAGUCUGGCGCUUGGUGGCCGGAUGGUGGCAGGUUUUCGCUCGGUCGAAACCAACCCGAACAGCAACUGGAAUCGCGCGAUUGGUUGGGAUUUCCGCAACUGACCUGCGAUUAUACGGAAUCGACGAACAUUGGCAGUUCCAUGUGGCCUGCCAGUAGUUCGUAUUCAUCUGCGGCGGUGCCUGACGUGUGGCCAGAAGUCCAAGCAAGUCCCCCGGCUUCGUUGUUACAAACACUAAACAAUACGAAUCCAGUUAAUCGCGUUUUUUCUCCUUGGUCUGUACCUCAUUGGUUCGAAGUGUCGAGACAACAACAGCGGCGGAAUCAAGAGCCUUUGCUUCACAACAGUUCGCCAAAUAUGGCCAUGACCAACCCGCAACAGACGCAAAAUCUUGGACUUGUAAACAACAAUGGCUUGUGGGAUUCGACAAUAACACACAACAACAAUGCACCCAGCAAUGAAUCUUGGCCGUCUUACUCCCAGUUUUAGUUUUGAUACGUUCACCUGACUCUUUCUGGUGUAAAAGUACCCAGCUUAACUGUUGCAAAAUUUAUUAUUAUUUUUUUUUUUUUUUCUUACGCAUCCCUUUUAAUGUAGUAGAAAUUGACACGACCUGAAGCAGCAUGGAAUAUGAAUACGUUAUACCUCUCUAUGAGAUGCGUUUGCCCUAUACCACGAUGACGACGAGACAAAGAGCCAAGAUUCGGAAUUUGUCGCUUGUCGCAUGGUCUUCUUAAUGUUGAAAAGCACAUACACACACAGACGCUACACGUUGCAUUGAUGUUGAUGCCAUAAAACACAUGCCAGGAAACGAACACAGAGAGUGUAGGUAUCCGUUUUAAAAAAAUGGACACCACAGCUCGGUUGACGUUCCCGCUGCUGAUUAUAAUGAGCCUCCCUAGAGAAUUGUCUCUAACCCCUCAAAAAACAAAACAAGACACUUGAAUUGAAAAAUACAAUAAAGUGGAUAAAUCUU